AUGGAAGAAAACGUGUUUCAUUUCCCUUUAAGUCUCAAGCAUAAUGUUCGUUUCGCAUUAGACAAGAAGCCAGGAUGCCGUCCCAUUGGUAUAGGAGAAGUCCUGCGCAGAAUAAUCGGCAAAGCCAUAAUGGAUGUGGUGGUAGACGACGUCAAGACAGCAGUUGGAAAUCUCCAGGUGUGUGUGGGUCAGCAAGCAGGAUGUGAGGCGGCCAUACAUGCAGUACGAAAGAUCUAUGAAGAUCCUAAUUGUGAAGCAGUACUGAUGGUGGACGCAGCAAAUGCUUUCAAUAAUAUAAACAGGAAAGCCACAAUACACAAUAUAGAAAUAAAAUGUCCAAGCAUUGCUCAAUAUAUAAAAAACACAUACAGUCAACCAGCAAAGCUCCACAUAUAUGACAAACAGACAAACACAUGUGAAACGAUCGCGUCAAACGAGGGUACAACCCAGGGCGACCCAAUCGCUAUGGCAAUGUACGCUCUUGGUCUCCUUAAGCUACAGGAUCACAUUAACUUCAGUGAUACAAACAUCAAGCAGGUGGCUUAUGCUGACGACCUAACAGAAUACGUUAAGAAACAAGUUUACAAAUGGAUACAUGAACUGAAGUUACUAGCACAGUUUGCAGAAGUAGAGCCCCACAGUGCUUACACAGCAUUCACAUUUGGCAUGAAACACAAAUGGAGCUUUCUGAUGCGGACUGUGCCAGGAACUGAACAAUUAUUUGAACCCUUAGAAGAAAUAAUAAGAAAAGAAUUGAUACCAGCUCUAUCAGGAGGACGAAACCCCACGGCAAUAGAGAGAGCAAUCCUGGCACUUCCACCAAGACUCGGGGGACUCGGGAUAACUGACCCAUGCAGGAUUGCUAACACGGAACACCAAAACUCCAUCAAGCUAACAACCAGCCUAACCCAAUAUAUCAUAGCACAGGACAGCCUCACUCAACCAGACCAAAAAGAAAUGAAAAAAAGACUUGAAAUGGCAAGUGAAGUCGGAGCAUCUAACUGGCUGACAACUCUCCCAAUAAGAUCAAAGGGGUUUAGCCUGAACAAACAGGAGUUUGUUGACGCUAUAUCCCUCAGAUAUGGAUGGGCAAUUGAUGGGCUCCAACAACAAUGCACCUGUGGCUCAUCCUUUGACCCAAACCACGCAAUGACCUGCAAGACGGGUGGCUUCGUCUGCAUGCGUCAUGACGAAGUGAGGGACGUGACAGCCCAAAUGCUGGGCGAGGUCAGCCGAGAUGUCAGGGUCGAGCCAUCCCUCAUUCCCACGGGCGGGGCGGAACUUCUCGCUCCAAUCAACAAACACCGCCGAUGA